AUCAGCCCCCAACGAAUCCCUUUCUCUCUUCUUCUUCUUCUUCUUCUUCGAUGGAGACUGGGGCGACGGAUGGGGUGGAGGGCGUCGCGCCGGACGGCCAGGGCAGGGCGGGAUCGGGCGCCGGCAGGGGACUGCGGCCGGCGAAUCAGAGCUCCGAGCGGCAGGUGAUCCGGUGGGAGAGCUUCCUCCCGAGGAGAUCCAUCCGGGUCCUGCUCGUCGAGCACGACGACUCCACUCGCCACAUCGUCGCCGUGCUCCUCCGGAAAUGCAGCUACCACGUGGCGGCAGUGGCAGAUGGGAUCAAGGCAUGGGAUGUUUUGAAGGAGAAGCACUGCAACUUCGAUCUUGUGCUGACCGAAGUUGCGAUGCCUUCGCUUUCGGGAAUCGGGCUUCUCUCCAAGAUUAUGGGCUCGGAGGAGUGCAAGAACAUUCCAGUCAUCAUGAUGUCUUCUCACGAUUCAAUCGGUGUAGUGCUUAAAUGCAUGCUAAAAGGUGCUGUAGACUUUCUCGUGAAACCGGUAAGGAAGAACGAGUUAUGCAACCUAUGGCAGCAUGUCUGGAGGAGGCAUUGUUCAAGUAGCUAUGCAAAUGCAUCCGAAAAUAAUGCUGCAAGCAAUCACAUAAGUGCAAAUGUUGGAGAUGGGUCCAAGACCGGGGAAAACAGCAACCAAGGUAGCGAUGCUCAGAGCUCUGAUAAUAAGCUGGAGAUGGAAAUUGAGAGUGACAAGGAACACAAGGGGACUCAUCUAGCUGAAGGGGGGAGUUCUUCCCGGGAGUUGGAGGCAAAACCAGAGCAACCUGAUAUUGGCACGCCAAUAAUGACAAAUGCAUUGAAAUUGGAUGAUGAUGAUGAUGAUGGGGAAGGCAGAGAUAAGUCUGUGGGGACUGCAAAUAAAGUAAAUCUAUGGAUUCAAGAGGCUUCUUUAGUUAAAAAAAAACAAAAGAAGAAUUGUUCUUAUGAUAUAUCCUGGUACAAGGAGGAAGACAAGGGUUUUGUGGGAUCUAAAGAGGGUGACCAUGUUGAUCCACAUACAUAUUGUCAAAAUAAUGCUCCAAACAAUAUGAUAGAUUUUAUUGAGCCAGUGUCUAAUAGCAAAUGCAAUUCUGCUGUUCUGGAGAAGUAUGCUUUCAGGGAGGAUGCAUUAGGUGAAGCUUCAACAUCUUCUUAUGCAAAGAGUACGUCUGAAUUUGGUUCCUCACAACAUCUGGAACUUUCUUUGAGAAGGACACAGCUCAAUGGCUGUGUAAAUCAGGAUUUCAAACAAAAGCAUAUAUUAAAUCAUUCAAAUGCCUCUGCCUUCUCAAGGUAUGGUGAUAAAAAGACUCUUCCUUCCUGCGAAAAGCCUGUCGCUUCAGCUGUGUGUGUCAGAACCAUAGAGUGUAUUGAUAAAUCUCAAUCGCAUGUCAGUAGUCAUGGCUCUGACAAUGACAAGAACACUGCCCUCUCUCCUAAAGGGAUGGUAUCCCAUCAAGGGAAUGCAGGUGAAGCUACAAUGUACUUUCAGGUAUCUUCUGAAAGCAACAGAGAGGAUGCUGGCUUUGUGCCUUGUCCAUCAAGAGAGGACGACCAUGCUGGUCAUUCCUCCAAAGGAGAGGAUAUGGUUUUUCAACAUCCUCGGUAUGGGUUUGUUUCACUGCCAAUCCCUGUUGGAGCAAUACCAUACCCGAGCUUAUGUGCAGGGUAUGGUGCUAUCUUGCAACCAGUGUUGUAUCCUGAGACUUCCUUACAGCCUCAUAGUUCAGCAGCAGCAGAGAAGGCAACAUUUGAAAUUAUUACUUCUGGUCAGUCUGGUCAUCAUGAAAAGCAUCUUAUCAAUCAUCCCCAAUGCAUUGAAUUUCACCACCAUGAAGAAAAUCAUCAGUCCCAGCACUGGAGACAACAUAUCGAUAUGAAACCAGGAGAUUCAAGAGAUUCGUCAUGUACUCCUGUGGAACUAGCCAACCAAAGUGCCAUCUGUAGCCAGGACAUUCUCAUAGGCUGCGGAAGCAAUUGUGGUGAAACAACAGAUGCAGCUGCAAAUACUGGAACUGCUCUGGAGAGUGGGAAUGAAAGUGGUGUCCAGAACUGCAGCUGGAAAGGGUUGGACAGUGACCGUUCUCGCCGUGAGGCUGCCUUGAUCAAAUUCCGCAUGAAACGGAAAGACAGAUGCUUCGAGAAGAAGGUCAGAUAUCAUAGUAGGAAAAUGCUUGCCGAGCAACGGCCAAGAGUAAGAGGGCAGUUUGUGCGUCAAAAAGUUCCUGACUCCAUGACAACAACGGAAGCAGAAAACUGACACCGAGUGGUUUAAUUGUAAAUUUCUAAGGCUUGGUCUCCUGGGCAAGGGACAUUGAAGGUAAGAGUUUUGCUGGCAUUUUUUCCUGUUGUCCAUGUAGCCACUUUCGUGCCUGACAUAAACCAAGUUCACUUUCUGAGUUUGUAAUGUACAAGGGCCUUCUUGUGAACAUGCAUUCAAAGAGAACUAUAGUAAAAAUUUUAAGAUCCAAUGCUAA